AUGCUUUUCAGUUUAAUAGUUGCGGUGGGUUACACAGCUUGUGGAACACUUCAUUCACGUUUUGACAUGGUUGCAGCGUUGAAUGCUCCUCAGUUUGAUCCACACACACCAAAUGGAAAUCCGAAUAAGAACAGUCUUUGUAAUAGACGAAUGCGUGUUCAAGGACCAUCAGGAAGUGUUGAUGUUGCCAUUGUUGAUCGGUGUCCUGUUUGUAAAACGGGUGAUGUGGAUCUCAACGAGGCAGCUUUUGCAAAAAUAGGUAGCACUUCGGCUGGUCGAAUUCGUAUCAGGUGGCAUUGGCUUUAA